UAUAGGUAAACUGUUCCUCUUAUCUGAAGUCAGCACCUAUAAGGAGUAGAUGGAACCCAGAAGCAAUGUGACUCACUUUGUCCUCCUGGGCCUCACACAGAAUCCAAAGGAGCAGAAAGUUCUUUUUGUUAUGUUCUUGUUCUUCUACAUUUUGACCAUGUUGGGCAACAUGCUUAUUGUGGUGACUGUAACAUUUAGUAAGACCCUGAAUUCACCGAUGUACUUUUUUCUUGCCAGCUUAUCAUUUAUGGAUGUCAUUUAUUCCUCAUCUAUUUCUCCCAAACUGAUUUCAAGCUUGUUCGUGGGGAAAAAUACCAUAUCCUUCCAAUCCUGUAUGACCCAGCUCUUUACAGAGCACUUUUUUGGUGGAUCGGAGGUCUUCCUUCUGCUGGUGAUGGCCUAUGACCGCUAUGUGGCCAUCUGUAAGCCCUUGCAUUACUUGGUGAUCAUGAGGCAAUGGGUGUGUGUUGUGCUGCUGGUGGUGUCCUGGGUUGGAGGUUUUCUGCACUCAAUUAUUCAACUUAGCACUAUUUUUGGGCUCCCGUUCUGUGGCCCCAAUAUCAUUGAUCAUUUUUUCUGUGACAUGUACCCUCUAUUGAAACUCGUUUGUACUGACACCUAUGUCAUUGGCCUCUUAGUGCUGGCCAAUGGAGGACUGAUCUGCACUAUAGUGUUUCUGCUCUUGCUCGUCUCCUAUGGAGUCAUCCUGCACUCUCUGAAGAACCUGAGUCAGGAAGGGAGGCGGAAAGCCCUCCAGACCUGUGGUUCCCACAUCACUGUGGUUGUCUGCUUCUUUGUUCCCUGUAUUUUCAUGUAUGUGAGACCUGCUGAGACCUUCCCCUUUGACAAAUCACUGAGCGUGUUUUACACAGUCAUAACCCCCAUGCUGAACCCAUUAAUCUACACUCUGAGAAACUCAGAGAUGACAAAUGCUAUGAAUAAGCUUUGGAGAAGGAACAUGGCAUUUUAUGGUAAAAAAGGGCAUCGGCCACCAUGAAGGGGGGCAUUUGACAUCAGAGACCACUU